AUGAUUCCCUUCACCAGCCUUCAUGGCAUCUCGAUGCUUGCGCUGCUGACCAGCGUUUCCGGACUCAGCAAUGGGGUUGCCAAGCUGCCAGCUUUGGGGUACAACACCUGGAAUGCCUACCAGUGCAAUAUCGACCAGAAUCUGGUCCUUACUACAGCCAAACUUGUCAAAUCCCUCGGCCUUCAGGACGCUGGCUACAUGCAUGUCAACAUAGACGAUUGUUGGUCAGAAAAGAAUCGCUCUGCAUCCGGCGACCUUGUUCCAGACAAAGUUCGCUUUCCAAACAUAACUGCGAUGACGAGUCAAAUCCACUCUCUUGGCUUGCGGGCAGGGAUUUAUGGUGAUUCUGGCUGGUUUACCUGUGCCGGUUAUCCUGGCUCGUUUAUGAAUGAGCUUCGCGACGUUACGCAGUUCCAGGAGUGGGGAUUCGACUACCUCAAAUAUGAUAACUGCGCCAUCCCAUUCGACGACAUUAUCCGCGAAGGCAUUGUCGGCAAAUACCAACGCAUGGCCGAUGCAAUAGCUUCCCUAGCAAAAACGAGCGGCAAGAAACCCUUCAUCUUUUCCCUCUGUGAGUGGGGAUGGAGCCAAGUCUGGCUCUGGGGCGCCAGCAUGGGCCAUAGUUGGCGUGUUACUGGUGAUAUCGCCCCUCAGUGGGAAUCACUGGCCGCCAUCAUCAACUUCAACUCGUUUAUCACCCAGGCCACCGACUUUUAUGGCCACAACGAUAUGGAUAUGCUCCAACUUGGGAACGGUGGCCUGUCUCUUGACGAAGCCAAGUCGCAUUUCACGGCUUGGGCCUUGAUGAAAUCACCCCUGCUGAUCGGAACGAAUCUUUCUGCCAUCACUUCCGAUAUCCUUGGGAUCUUAACCAACAAAGAAAUUCUCGCUAUCAACCAGGACCCAGUUAUUGGCAAGAGCAUUUCACCCUUCCGGUGGGGAAUUAACCCCGAUUGGACAUCGAACAGCUCUUUCCCUGCACAAUACUGGAGUGGUCCUUCGCAGAACGGAACAGUUUUCAUGCUUCUAAACACCCUCAAUCAACCUGCUGACAUGUUCUUCAAUUUAACGGAAUCACCCUGGAUCCGCGCUGGCCGGCAAUACUCCGUACGAGAUCUUUGGUCUCAUACCAACAACGGAACAGCGGUCCGCAACUUCACGGCCCACUCGGUCCCUGCCCACGGAGUCGUUGCUCUUCUUCUCAAAGACGCUGGAAACGAACCAAGCGGAAUAUUUCCCCAAUGCUCAGUUUGGUGGCAAUGCAUAGACAAGAACGGAACCCACGUUGGCGGCUGA